AUGGCCUACAACAGCGGCUACAAUCCAGAUGCGCUUCCUGCACACGCAGAGCCAGAACAGGCAGCCCAAAUCCUUUCCUCCCAACAACAACGCAAGCAAUCAAACCCUUUGCAUCCACCACCACCACGCCCCUACUCAAAUUCCAAUCCCCAACCCUACAACCUUCCUCAAUCGCAACCACAAUACCAAAGCAAACCUCCUCCACCACUUCCCAAACCAGCCCAGCAACUGCAAACACAACCUCCGCCCCGCCUCUCCCCGAACAAUUCCUACAACAACACCCAAUUCAACCAAAACGCCGCAUCAACCCCCCCACCCCAAAAUUACGGCUUCGGUCCUCCUCCACAAUCUCACCAUGGACGUCCACCACCUCCGUCUCGACCGCCUGGAACCCCCGCCCCUGGCGGUAGCAGCGCCGACGCGUCGCUUUUUCCGCUUUUCAAGGCAGUCGAUACCGCGGGGGUAGGUCAGUUGACGGAGAGGGAGCUGGGGAAGGCUCUGGUCAAUGGGGAUUUUACGAGUUUUGAUCCGCAUACGGUUAAGAUGAUGAUACGAAUGUUUGAUGCGGAUAAGGAUGGCAGUAUAAGUUUUGAGGAGUUCUGCGGCCUCUGGGGUUUCCUCGCUGCGUGGCGCGCCCUUUUCGAUCGCUUUGAUGAGGACGAUAGCGGCUACAUAUCUUUCGAUGAGUACUCGAAAGCGCUGGUUGCCUUUGGCUACAGGCUUUCUUCCGCCUUUGUCAAUCUACUGUACACAACGUAUGCCAGAAGCGGUGAAGAUCGCAUGAGCUUCGAUUUGUUUGUGCAGAGUUGCAUAAUACUGAAGAGGAUGACGGACGUGUUCAAGCGUUACGAUGAUGAUAGAGACGGGUAUAUCACGUUGAGUUUUGAGGAAUUUCUAACCGAAAUAUUGCGUCAACGCUGA